CCGCGUCGCGGGGGUUGAAUCGCCCUGAAUCGCGCCGCGCGCUCACCGAUACGCGCCAUGAAACGACAAACUCGGUGAACGGUGACGAAAGGCAGUGAACGAUAUACAACGUCUCGCGCGAUUCACGUCCAAUCCGCGGCACGAUCCGCGGCGACGAUUAAUUUACGAUUCCGUCGGCGGGGUAAACUCGCGCGAGACGAGCGACGUCUGAUUUAAGCAGCUGAGUCCAAGUCGGGCCAAGUGGUCCACCGACACGCCGAUACGACGGAAAGGAAAGUGACCGAAAGGAGUUUCGGGAGUGAGCCGCGAGCAUUUCUCUCUUCUCGGUAUCGUCGUUCCGCCUCGAACGCGCAUAACCGUCGCGGGGUUGGAAACACGCACGGCACGUGGACGAGGGAACUCUGGGCCCCGUCCUCUCGCCUGGCGCGAGGAACGGCUUGGCUCUUCGGCCUUGGGUCGUCGUCGUUGUCGCGGCACCGGCGAGAAUCUCCCGCCCGAUCGAGACCUUGACGCCCGGACGAGGAUGUAACUCGAGCGAGGCAUGCACGCGUCCUAGCCGCGACUACUACGUUGGGCUGAACGAGGAAAGAUGCAGUCGACCUGCCAGCAGCAAGCUCAGCCAGGCCAGAACGGUACCUCAGCUAGCAGGACGUCGUUCCUUAUCGAGGAUAUCCUUAGCCGCGGCACCGUCACCCCGCACACCCACCAUCAUCAGCUGCACCAUCAGCACCUGACGCCGACCUCUGGCCACACGCAGCAGCACCAUCAGUACCAGCAGUUCGCCAGUCUGCUGCCCGGCUAUCCCGCGGCACCGCCCGCCGCUGCGGCCUUCUUCUUGGGACCGCUCUUCGGUAGUGGCAUGGGGGUCGGCGUAGUGCCGGGGGUCGGGGAACUGGCGGCCCUCAAGCAUUGCCGACGACGAAAGGCCCGGACCGUAUUCAGCGACCAGCAGCUGGCGGGUCUGGAAGCGAGGUUCGAGGUGCAGAGAUAUCUGAGCACGCCCGAGAGGGUAGAGCUGGCGGCGGCGUUACACCUGUCCGAGACCCAGGUGAAAACAUGGUUCCAAAAUCGGCGGAUGAAGCACAAGAAGCAGCUGAGGAAGCUGAACACGGGCGGCAGCGGCAAUUCCAAUUCGGGGCAGCAAUCGAUAUCCGUCACGUCACCCGCUGAACGUCCCGUAGACUUUUCGCUGAGCGGCGGCCGCGAGUCGCGCGCGAGCAGCGACGCGCCCGCGGACUCCGACGACGAGGACGACGACGAGAUCGACGUGCUGGGCGACGAGACGCCGUCGCCGACCCCGACGCCAACGGCGACGCCGACCCCGACGCCGGCGCCGGCGCCAACGCCUACCCCGGCCCCGGCCCCGACGCCGACCUUGGUGUCGACGACGUCGACGACGGUCUCGACCCCGACGUCGGCGCGGAUCGUCGGCGGCGCCACCCUGCCACCCCUGUCCAGACGCGGCACGCCACCGAGGAUCCUCCACGCGGCGAUUCAUCCGCAUCCGCACUCGCAUCCGCACUCUCAUCCGCAUCCGCACACGGUCGGUCUGCACCAUCAGCCGCAGCACGGCCAGCAUUCCGCCCAGCGUCAGCAUCGCUGAGACGCGCCACGACCUACCGGAAUCACGGCUACCACGCGUAGGGUGGAAAGGGAAUAAUCUUCGUCCGCGGUACCGGGUGCUACCACUCCCCGAUACCCCGCGACGACGAGGCUCUACCGAGAAUUUACCUUAGGCUAUAAAGCUCGACGCGUAACGUACGGAGAGAGAACACGGAAUUUGGCAGAGAUCGUCCCUAGCUCGAGGGAUCGGCAGGAGAGAGAGAGAGAGAAACCGACAAUGGUGAUCCUCGCGCGUCCUUUAAGCGGUAUUGUAUACGUGUCACACUGAAAUAAUUCAACGCUGUUCAACGCAGAACGGUAUAUCGUCGCUGGAUCUUCCCGCUUGCGUAACGUAAUAUGAAGAGAGAAAAGAAACGAAAGAAAUUGGAGUUUUGCCGGUUCCGAAAUCUCUACUUUUUAUAGUGAAAUACGGUAAAUAAAUGCGGUAUUUGGUCUGUUGUUACUUUUUAUAGUCAAGUGUGUAAAAAAAAUAGGCCGUGGUUUUCGUUGAGAAUUAAACUGUCAUGCUCUGACGCGAUGUGUACACUUGUUUCUCCUCGAUUUUUGUCUCUUCCCAGGCAGUUUUCUGGAAUUUCGAGUACGUAAUGUAUCUUUUGGGGGAUAAGGGACGGACAGACAGACGGAACGUUUUAAGCCAAGUCCUCUAAGAAUGAGCAAAAAGAUACGAGCAAAAUAAUAUACAAAAAAAAAGAUAAGUAACAGAUAGAACAAGAAAAAUGAUAAAAGAAGGAAAAAGAUGACAUAAGACAUAAAAAUUCAAAGGACGGAAAGAGAAAUUCGACAAAUUUUUUCGUAUCAGAAGAACACGCGACUUAUGCUCAUUUCUAUCAAGGUAGAUUAACUUUGACCUCAAUUUAAUGACCUGUUUUUUAUUUUUUCCUAAUUCUUAGAAUUAAAGGAAGAUAGAAGGUAAAACCAAGAUUAAAGCUAACUCUCUAUGGUCCAACCGGCUGGAAUUUAAAGACCCAGGCAAAUUUUCAAUCUUGAAAUUCGGACACGUACAAAAAAAAA